UCAUCGUAUUUUUAGUCACAGCUGAAGAUCAGCCCCCACAUUAUCGCGGUGUUUAUUUUGUUAUCAGCUUAACCAAGCUGCGUAAUCAUCGACGACGUCUUGAGAAAGGAUUUAGCGAGCACAGACACUGCAUGAAAAAUGUUCAACAAAGAGCACAUCUGUUUAAUUUUUGGGAUUUUGGCCAGCUUGUCAACCGUGUCCGGGCAGUUCUAUUUCCCCAAUGAGGCCGCACAAGUGCCAAACUAUGGCCGCUGUAUUACGCCCAAUCGGGAACGUGCACUUUGCAUUCAUCUGGAGGAUUGCAAAUAUCUGUAUGGUGUGCUGACGACGAGCCCGCUACGCGACACCGACAGACUCUAUUUGAGUCGCAGCCAGUGUGGCUAUACGAACGGAAAGGUUUUGAUCUGCUGCCUGGAUCGGUAUCGGGACACCAGCCCAAACACAACGCCGCAGACUGUGCAGCCAAACAUCACCAACAGCAAUCUGUUGCCGCUGCCCGGACAAUGCGGCAAUCUGCUGUCAAAUCGUAUUUACGGUGGCACCCGCACCAAAAUUGAUGAGUUCCCCUGGAUGGCAUUGAUAGAAUACACCAAAACCGCUGACAAAAAGGGCCAUCAUUGCGGUGGCUCCUUGAUCAGCACUCGGUAUGUGGUGACGGCCUCGCACUGUGUCAAUGGCAAAGCGUUGCCCACCGACUGGCGAUUGACUGGCGUGCGCCUGGGCGAGUGGGACACUGCCACCGACCCCGACUGCGAGGUGGAUGUGCGGGGAAUGAAGGACUGUGCUCCUGCGCAUUUGGAUGUGCCUGUCGAGCGCACUAUACCGCACCCCGAAUACAUUCCCAGCUCUAAGAAUCAGGUCAAUGACAUUGCAUUGCUGCGUUUGGUCAGACAAGUGGAGUACACAGACUUUGUGCGGCCCAUUUGCUUGCCCCUUGAUGUGAAUCUACGCUCGGCCACGUUCGAUGGCAUUACCAUGGACGUGGCUGGCUGGGGAAAGACGGAGGAGCUUUCCUCUAGCAAUCUCAAGCUCAAGGCUGCCGUGGAGGGGACCAGAAUGGACGACUGCCAGGCCGUGUACAACCGCCAGGACAUAAUGCUGGAGGAUACGCAGAUGUGUGCCGGUGGCAAGGAGGGCAUCGACUCGUGUCGCGGCGACUCCGGGGGUCCGUUGAUUGGCCUGGACACAAAUAAAGUCAACACGUAUUAUUUCUUGGCCGGCGUGGUCUCGUUUGGCCCCACACCCUGCGGCCUGGCCGGCUGGCCGGGUGUGUACACGCUCGUGGGGAAGUACGUUGACUGGAUCCAAAAUACAAUUGAGCCAUAAAUUUUGUCUAAGUGUAAUUGUAAGCGACAAAUAUCUUGUAAAUUGUAAAUAAAUACGAAAUAAAUAACCUUCGCGCCCA